AUGUCCUUGCGCCCUAUUGUUAUUUCCGGCCCUUCUGGAACUGGCAAGUCCACCUUGUUGAAAAGGCUUUUGGCUGAGUAUCCUGACAAAUUUGGAUUUUCGGUUUCCCAUACAACCAGGUCUCCCAGAGAUGGAGAAAAAAAUGGCACUGAUUAUCAUUUUGUCACCAAGGAAGAGUUUCAAAAGGAAAUAGAAGGCAAAAAAUUUGUUGAGUGGGCUCAGUUUUCUGGAAACUACUAUGGUACCUCAAUUAAGGCAGUGGAGGAUGUAGCUUCUACUGGUAAGACAUGUAUUCUUGACAUUGAUAUGCAAGGAGUUAAAUCUGUCAAGGCGUCGCGUCUUAACGCCAGGUACCUUUUCUUGAGUCCUCCGCUGAUCGAGGAGUUGCGUUCUCGGUUGGAAGGCCGUGGGACUGAGACGGCUGAGUCUGUGGAAAAGCGUCUUGCGGCUGCCACCGCCGAGAUGGAAUACGCCCAAACCGGAGCCCACGACAAGAUAAUAGUGAACGACGACUUGGAGAAGGCGUAUGGCGAGUUCAAGGCGUUUGUUUUGGAACAAUAG